UAUUUCCUUGCAAUAUACUGAAGUGCGAUAUGACAUACAGUUAACAGGGCAUUCCAUAGCUUUAAAAAAAAAAAAAAGAAACACUGUAAACUUUAUUUUAAGUGAAAAAGAUGUGUCCAAUUUAGGUUUUCUCCAGACAGGUGCAAAAAUUGUGAUUAUGAUUUUCCUCCACUAGGUGGCAGCAGUUACUCAUGCUAAAAUCAGAGCGACAUGUUUCUUCAUUGUUUUCAAGGUGGAAACAUGGAAACAUUGUUGUCACUGAAGCAUUGACUGGUUUGUGUUGUCGGGAAGUCCUCUCAGCAUGUGAAUCGUUGGUGUCAGUGAAACCUGCUCAGUUUGCAUUUUGGAGAACCAGAAAUGCAACAUGGCAAUAAAUCUGUUCCCAGUGCUGCUGAUUAUUUGUCUUCCAAAAUGGAGCCAAGGUAAACACUUGCUUCGUUUUUUGACCUUCUGUCAAAGGAAUGUGACAACUGACGGCCAGUAUGAUAUUGAAUUUGACGGCGAUCAGCUCCUCUACGUUGACCCGGUCACCUAUCAGACAGUUCAGCGUCUGCCAGAGUUUGCAGAGCAGUGGAUUCCUGAUCCUGAACUACCCCAAGACGCAUUCUUGUCCCUGGGUACCUGCAAGUACAACAUCCCACGAGCCAUAAAGGGAGAAAAUCAUCCUCCAGAGGCCAUAGCCAGUCCCACCUCCAUAAUCUACCCCAAGCAGGAGAUGGAACUGGAGGUCCCCAACACCCUCAUCUGCUUUGUCAACGACUUCCAUCCGCCUACAGUCACCAUCACCUGGACCAGGAAUGGCCAGCUGGUGGACCAGAGUGAGGUCAGUCAGACUCAGUACUACUCCAACAGCGACUUCAGCUUCUGCAUCUCCUCCUACCUGGACUUCACUCCGCAGGAGAACGACAUCUACUCCUGCAGCGUGGACCACAUCAGCCUGCGGGCGCCUCUCACCAAGUUCUGGGAGGUUGCCACAGUACCGACAGACCAGCAGGUUGUAGAGACAGCAGUGUGUGCUGCUGGUGUGAUCCUGGGGCUGAUUGGAGUUGUCACAGGACUCUGGUUCAUCAUGAAAGCCAACAAGUCCUGCCAGUCGUAACACGCAUUAAGACAAUUGACAUCUGAAUUUCGAUGUCAGAUGUGUGUUCACGUUAUCUUUUUCCCCGUGUGUUUUUCUUCUGGUUGCGAGGUGGAGUGAAAUGUAUUUUUAUCAUAGCUUUAUUUAUUUUUUUUAAACCUGCAAUGUUUCAUGUUGUCUGUAUCUGUAUGUUUUUCUUUCACAUGCACAACAACACUGAAUGUAAACCUGAGCUAAAACCACAUCACUUAAAGCUAUAGUUGGCAAACACGCUUUUUCGCUUUAUGGCAGAGAUUUAGAUGAGAAGAGCAAUAACACUCUCCUGUCUGUAUUCUAAAUAUAAAGCUACAGUCAUGAGAUGGUUGGCUUAGCUUAGCUCAAAGACUGGAAACAGGUGGAAAGAACUAGCCUGGCUCUGUCGAACAGCAACAAAGUCCACCUACCAGCACCUCUAAAGCUCACUAAUUAGAAAGAAAUAUUCCAGCACAUAACCCCCCAUAAAACGGAAUAUUGUUGUUUUUUACACUUUAGCUUUUUUUUUUUUAGCUAACAAGUUCAUUUUUGAGCUUAGAGGUGCCGGUGAAUUAUCCCAAAAUGUUUAACUAUUCCUUUAAGAAUUUGAGGGAUCAUUAGUUUCUAUUUCCGUUUCUAUUUAUAAAUUUGCUUGAAAAAAUGUAUGCAGUGGACUCUAUGCUUUAAAGGAGUCGAAAUUACCGACUAGUCGACUAGACAAUCGAUAGUCUAACAUGAUUGUCUUUCACUUUACAGAAGAGUGUAUUUUUUUUUUAAUAAUCUGAGAAAAUGCAUGUUUUGCCAUAUUGUAGCACAGUUUUGCUGCUUAUGUGUUUGUCAUGUACAAAUAAAGCACAUAAAGGGAAGUUGAAAAUUUCUGUUCCUGUUCUACUAUAUGUCAAAGUACAUGCAAACCACAUUAAAUGAAAGAGAACAGUUC